CCUGUGGAAUACUGACAUAAGAAGACUGGAGAUGACUAGUACCAGGUUUUCUUUCCGUAGCAACGAGUGCCAGGGACGCCUGRUGUUAAUCGUUCUUUGAGUUUACUUUUGCAUCCUUGAGCUUAGAAUCGUCCGUUUUUAUGASUUAUAGCUUGGCUAAAACUAUGGCAGAAGACAGGACAAUACCAGGAUGUCCCUGGGCAUUUGCAGAUGAUAUGAGAAGAAUGAUCGACAAGAAGGAGUAUAGCGAUGUGAAAUUCAUCGUGGGAACCAAUAGGAGAGUUAUCUAUGCAAAUAAAUGCAUCCUGGCAGCAAGAUGUGAUGUUUUUAGAGCGAUGCUCAGUGAUGAAAGAAGCACACAUGUAAGAACAAAGAAUGUAGAACCAGACGUUCCACUUGUACUGGCCGAUAUCUCACCUGAAGUAUUCAUGUCUAUUCUUGAGUUUCUCUACACUAACACUUGUACCCUUACUAGCAAAAAUGUGAUGGAUAUCAUGGGAUCAGCAAUUGAAUAUGGACUAGAACAAUUACAAAAGAUAUGUGAACAAUAUAUAGGAGAAACUUUAUCUGUAAACACAGCAGCAGAAGCUCUUCAGACUGCAGUGACAUACAAUCAAGAAGAGCUACAAGAUAGGUGUAUAGAAUUCAUUGAAGCACAAACAGUGGAGGUGUUCAAAACUAAAGGGUUUCAUGAGCUGUCAGAAGAAUCGUUGACCUUGCUGCUUGCGAGUGACAAGCUAAGAAUGGAUGAACUAGACCUCAUUGGAGCUGUUAGAGAAUGGGCUACUGUUAAUGCUGUUGUUUCUGGGAAARCAGUGGCAGAAGUAGCCCAUCCAGUCAUUCAUCACAUACGGUUUGGCCUGCUGUCACCAGAAGAACUAGGACAAGUUGAACAGGACAAUGAAAAAGAUAGUCUUAUACCAGUUCGACAGCUCUCAGACGCCUGGAAAUUCCACGCAUUAAUCAAAUCACCCACUCACAGUGCAGCGAUGCAAAAACCCAAGACCCGCAUAGGAACGAGGCAACGGGAUACAUAGUACACCAAAACGAGUCUAAAUAAUAUACUCUUAAAUGAAGGAGUUAAUAUAUGCUAGAUACCCAUGCUGGGCAUGGCUAGAUUUCUUAGAAUCCUUUGAAGAUGGACAAGAACUACAUGUAAUACGAUGGCACAGGAAGCCCAUCUCSACACAUCUUCUACGACCCCGGCUCCAAACAACAGGAAAAGGACAAAAAGAAAAUUAUUAGUUUUCAGCCCCCAUCACCUCACUAUUCAUUUCCUUCUGCCGCCUCUGCCCAAAACUUAUACAUGGUAUAUUUAGAAAGAUUUUACUUUUUGAGCAAAAAAGUGUGAGCAUUAGACAGUCAUUCUAUUGUUUUCUUUUCUUUUACUUUGACUGUUAAUCACUAAAUCUACAAGCUUUGUUUCACAGCCAGGUAAAGUAAAUCUAACAUUCAACCAAGUAGCAUAGGUAAUCUAAUCUCAAAACCAAAUUUUAAAAAUUCUUCAAUGACAAAUAUGGUGAAGUCCUAUUUUUCUGCUAUCAAUCAAUAAGCCUAUCGCUACCCUUAGUCAUGGGGUCACUCUUGACGUCAUCAAGUCACUCAUGAAGUCAUUAUGAGUGUCAAUAUUGUCCUAAAGUAUAUAAAUAUGGAGUGUUUUUUUGAAUUUUAUUUUCUAUUCUUAGUGUAGAGUAGAUAGGCGUUUGUUUUUUAUUGUUCUUAGUUUUAUCGCUAAUCGUYUGAGUGCAAGUCCUCUAAUAAAAGUAAGUUUCAGAUGAUAAAA